AUGGCCAAGCAGGACUACUACCAGACCCUCAACGUCAAACGGGACGCCUCCGAAAAAGAGAUCAAGCAGGCCUACCGCCGGCUGGCGCGCCAGUACCACCCGGACGUCAACCCGGGAGACGCUGCUGCCGAGCAGAAAUUCAAGGAGAUAUCCGAGGCUUACGAGGUGCUGGGCAACGCCGAGAGCCGCACGAAAUACGACCGCUUCGGGCACCAGGCAUUUGACACGAGCGGCGGCGGAUUCGGCGGUUUUCACACCGGUAACAUCCGCGAUAUCUUUGGCUCAGGGGGGGGCUUUACCGAGGGAUUCGGCACCAUUUUUGACGAUCUGUUCGCGGGCGGCGGCGGCGGGCGCGCCGGGCCGAUGCCGCAACGCGGGCAGGACGUUGAGCAGACCCUGGAAAUUCCCUUCGAGGACGCCCUGCGCGGCACUACGACGCGCGUCAAGCUGACCCACCGGGACGGCAGCGUCGAACGUCGGCAGAUCAAAAUCCCGCCGGGCGUCGACACCGGCUCCAAGAUACGCAUCGCCGGCAAGGGCACCGCCGGAACCGCGGGCGCGCCGCCGGGCGACCUGUACGUCGUCAUACGGGUCAAGCCGCACGCCUACUUCGAGCGCCGCGGCAGCGACAUCGAGUGCGAGGUGCCGGUGACGCUGGCCGAGGCCAUGCUGGGCGCCAAAAUCGAGGUGCCCACCAUCGACGGCCCCACUUCCAUGACGCUGCCGCCCGGCACGCAGAAUGGCCGCCGCUUCCGCUUGCGCGGCAAGGGGGCGCCGAACCGGCAAGGCAAUGAGCGCGGCAACCAGUACGUGCGCGUGCACGUCGUGCUGCCGGAGACGCUGGACGACCGCUCGCGGGAGCUGCUGGAAGAGUUCAGCGCCCGCAAUCCCAUGCAACCGCGCGCCAAGGGGUGGUAA